AUGAACAAGGAGCACAUCCUCUUUGACAGUUUCCCCCUGACAUUCCUGAGUGAAGAGGUAGACUACAACAACUUCGAAGAUGAGCAGGAGAGGAGCUAUCGUGAAAAAAUUGCAAAAAUUACGGAGGACUUGAAAUCCCUAAAAAUAGAAAUAACAGAGAAGCAUUCCAUAAGGAGCAUGUUGGAGGAAAAAGUGGCAAUGUUGCAAAAUGAGGAACAGAUUAAGCAGAACAACCUAAAGUAUGUUCUGAACUUUUGCGACAAGCAGAUGUAUGAGCGUGAACUGGGGGCAAUUCACAAAGACAUAGGAAAUGUGAAGAAGCAGAUCCAAAAUAGCAACUGCAAAAUCAAGCUCCUCAUCGAGAAGGAAUUCAAGGUGAGGAAGCACCUGCAGCUGAGGUAUAUGGAACUCUACGACGUGCUCAACGAGCGAGCUCGGUACAUCCUCACUGAUUAUGUAAAACAUCGGAAAUGUGCCUGUGCGAUAUUUGCCUACCGUCAAGAGGGGAAGGACCAAGCGCGAGGGGCCAACGCGGAGCAUUGA